AUGGAUGCGUUUUCGGUUUUUCGGAAGUCUGGCAGCCCGAGCUCGGCCGUUACGGCAGAAGAACCUCGACUUUCACAAUCCCACCUAGGCCUGACCCUUGCGAUAUAUCCUCUACCGCCCAAUUCACUCUCUUGUCUUCUCCAGAGCGAGGACAAUGGCGUGGAUUACAAGCGAGACGCUCCGAGUCGUGGCGAGUUCACGCUACUCGGAAUCUCCGAGUCGACACAAGCGGAUCUCGAAAAUGGUUAUCAUGUUCUCGUCGGACCACGAGGUGUCUUGAUGAUGCUGGAGGGAUUAAGACGGUGUUGA